GCCAGAGCAAGCAACGUGGGACCCACAGAACAACAGCCUUUUACAGCAGCAGCCACGUCUGAUUAAAAUUAUCAGCUUCAUCAGACUGCACCAAGACCCAGGACUGCUCCUCCAAGGAAAGGGAGGAUCAAGCAAUGAUGAAGACCAUGUCUGGUGGAAACUGCACCCUGAAUGUGCCAGCCAAGAACUCGUACCGUAUGGUAGUGCUGGGAGCCUCCAGGGUGGGGAAAAGCUCCAUUGUCUCACGCUUUCUCAAUGGCCGGUUUGAGGACCAGUACACUCCCACCAUUGAGGACUUUCAUCGCAAGGUCUACAACAUCCGGGGAGACAUGUAUCAGCUGGACAUCCUGGACACCUCUGGGAAUCACCCCUUCCCCGCUAUGAGGAGGCUUUCCAUCCUGACAGGGGAUGUUUUCAUCCUGGUAUUCAGCUUGGACAACAGAGAGUCUUUUGAUGAGGUCAAGAGGCUCCAGAAACAGAUCCUUGAGGUCAAAUCCUGCCUGAAGAACAAGACCAAGGAAACAGCUGACCUCCCCAUGGUGAUCUGUGGCAAUAAAAAUGACCACAGUGAAAUGUUCCGCAAGGUACGCUCAGAUGAAGGUGAGAACCUUGUCUCCAGUGACGAAAACUGUGCUUACUUUGAAGUUUCAGCCAAGAAGAACACCAAUGUGGAUGAGAUGUUCUAUGUCCUCUUCAGCAUGGCCAAGCUACCUCAUGAGAUGAGCCCUGCGCUCCACAGGAAAAUCUCCAUCCAGUAUGGUGACACCUUCCAACAGAAAUCCUUCCGGAUGCGCCGAGUCAAGGACAUGGACGCCUAUGGCAUGAUCUCUCCCUUUGCUCGCCGGCCAAGCGUCAACAGUGACCUGAAGUACAUCAAAUCGAAAGUUCUCAGGGAAGGUCAGUCAAGGGAGAGGGAGAAAUGUACGAUCCAAUGAAGGGGGCUUGCACUUCUGUCUGAAGUCAUCAUCCACAUGCAGUGCCUUAAAGAAAAAUGGUCUGUGGAAGCACAGAAUGAGCUCACGGGGUUCAUCGAGAAAACCCAACAUGGAGAAAGGAUAACUCGUCCGGCAGAUUCUGCUGAGUCACAAAUGUAAAUAACAUCAUCCUUGUAAAUGACUGGGAAAAAUCAUAUGCCUGAGAUACAAGUGCAUUAUUCUGUCUUUGUAAUGUAGUUCCUCUUCAUUCCCCUUUUUGUUUAAAGAAUAGAGACCUGAGAAGUAAAGAAAUUUCAACCUCAUCCUUACAAAAAAGUAGGUCAGAAAUGCACAGAAGGCAUUAACAGUUACCCAGCAUGCAGCUCUUGCUAAGAAAGAGGUUAUGUGUAUGCGUGUGUGUAUCUCUGUGUGUCGUGUGUACGUGUGCAUGCAUGCGUGGAGCACUCCUUUAAAAAAUGGGACUUGCAUUUCAAAGGGCAACAGUCUUACUGAGGUUUCCCAGAUGGGGAGUGGUCUCUAUACAUGGACGUGUGACUCUAACUCGCUUCUGAGGGGACCUGCAUUAAGAUCUUGAUUUUAUGUUUGCUGGGACAGUUAUCAUUUGACAUCAACAUGAACGUUGUUUUGUAUUAUAGAUUUUAUUUGGGAUUUGGUUUUUUUAUUGUCUGGGUGUGGGUUCUUAGCAAAAUCAGAUGGCAAGCGUGUUUGAUAUCAAAACAGUGUCUGCUUUCUAGCAGUGAAAGGUGUUUUUCAUCUGUAAAACUAUAUAAUAUGUACAUUGAUUGAAUGUGAAAUUGUUCUGCAAAAAGCCAAUACAUCUGACUGC